AUGAGCAUCCACUCGAUGGACUACGCGCAGCGUGACGCGAUUCGGUCCGAUUCAAAUCAAGGCCCAGACCUCGAGGCCGGAGGCCUCUCACCCGCCUCUGCAGCCUCCCCGAGACAGCGAGAAGGAUCCGCCAUCGACGCGUUCACCACUGCAGCAAGAGUCAACUCCAGCGAUACCGCCAAACGUCGCACACGACGACGUUCGAACACCGCUCGCUCCUACCGCCCGGAAGGCUUUGCCCACGAACCUCACUGGCAGCCCGGUACAGAACCCGGCAUUGACCCAACCAAACCUCUUCCCCCAUUCAGCUCCGAAUGGACGUCGAACGUUCCCGGCGACCUGCAGCGACAAUGCGAGAUCACAGUAGUGGACUUCUCGCAGAACGAAAUGCGUCAAUACGAACUCGAUAACAACACCCUUGAACAGUUCUUGUCACGAGAGCGAGAAUCCUGGGUACAGUGCCGAUGGAUCAACGUGAAUGGGUUAAGUUGGGAUGUGAUCAAGAUUCUGGGAAACCACAAGAGGUUACACCGUCUGGCAAUCGAGGACGUGGUCCACACAACGAACCGCACCAAGGCCGACUGGUAUUCAGACCACGCCUUUAUCGUUUUGACCUUGCAAAAACUAGUGAAACUGCAACAGGAGGACAGCGACUCCGACUCCGAAGAUGGAGAUGGGCCCGCCAUUUUCGACAUGGAUAGAAAGAGUUCGGUGGUCAGUGAAAAAAGCUCGGUAUCUUUGAAACGACCCACCAAGCGGCAUAUCAUCUGGGAGGCAAUGAAGGAUAUUUUCCGUUCCAAAUCGUCAAGUCGGCCACAAGAGGAAAAGGCCACGAUGGGAGCGAGCGUCCGCCCUGGCCCAGGCGCGCCUUCAUCAAAUCGGGCCUCUCAAUUUGGAAAUGUGGCCAAUGCAGCAGGAGCCACGGCUCGAACUCUCCAGCGAUAUCGCGGUGGACCGAACGAGGAUCGGAUCGAGUUCAUGGAACGCCAUGCCUCACUCGCAGCCAAAGGACUUUGUGUUACUCUGGAGCAGGUCUCAAUUUUCCUUCAUGCCGACAACACCGUCACAUCUUUCUUCGAGACCAGCGCAGACGACAUAGAGGCACCAAUUGUGCGGCGCCUGAGCUCACCCGAGACUAUUCUUCGUCAGUCAUGCGAUGCCAGUAUGCUCCUGCAAGCUAUUAUAGACGCCGUCAUUGAUCUUGCGAUUCCUGUCACCAUGGCCUACCAAGACGCCAUUGGAGACCUCGAGCUGGGGGUCUUGACGGAUCCGAAUAUUGAUCAAUCGAAGAGCCUGUAUAUCCUGACCUCGGAAAUUGCGGUCCUUCGCAAUUCCAUGCAGCCGAUGGUGGCUGUAAUUAAUGCUCUUCGCGACCACCGAUCCGCUCCCGUUGGCGCACCUGGUUUCGGGACAUUACGAAAUGGUGCAUUCAGCCCACCUUCCCCAGGGGGAUAUUUCGAAUUGGGGCCACACAUUGGAACUGCUACACCUAAUCUGAAGAGCAUUGGAGGCUCCGGCGUCACCAUCAGUACCAUGUGCCAUACGUAUCUGGGUGAUGUCCUGGAUCAUUGUAUUACUAUUGUGGAAGGGUACGAUCAGAUGCGACGUGCCGCGGAUAACAUGAUUGAUCUCAUUUUCAACACUAUUGGUGCCUAUCAGAACGAGAGUAUGAAGCAACUGACGAUUGUCACCUGUCUCUAUCUCCCGAUGACGUUCUUGACGGGUUAUUUCGGAAUGAACUUCAAAGAUUUUGCUGGUAUCGACCAUAGCGAUGCGUACUUCUGGAAGAUUGCAGUUCCAUUUGUGGUAGUGACCACUCUCUUGUUAAUGCGUGAUAAAAUCCAACGUUACGCAGUCAUGCUUGCCCAGAGACGCCUUAUUACUAGCUCGAGAAAGCAAAGACGAGAAAGAAAGGUUACUUGA